AUGUGCGUUGCUAUUGCCGGUGCGUCUGCAGCGCCCACAUCCGUCCAGGCGCGUCAUGGUGGACAUGCUGAGGCCGCGGUGGCAACAACGACCACAACCUCCUCCUCCUCACCACCACCACCAUUGGGCGCAUCUUUCCAAUCGUUGUCGCCAAGUAGCGGAAAUAUUACCAGUGGCAUUGCGUUGGCUGCUCCCACUGCUGUAACACGCGCGUAUUCGAACAUGCAAAGCUCAUCAGCCAUGGCAACUGCUUCCGUCUCGAAUGGGCCAGAUAUCCACAUGUCGCUAAGCCUGAAGGCUGGAACGACUGUAGCUGCGGAUGCUCCGUUGAUGGAUGCGAUGCACGUAGCGCAUGAGAAACAUGGGGCACACGAUCACUCCUCGGAGUUUUCCUACGAUUCACUGACGCCAGAACAAUGGCCAACCUUUUGCACGGUACCUACAGCUGCUGACAAAAAGGCGAAUGCAGACAUGCAAGACUGCAUUGUGUCGGAUGAGUUGGAUAUACCCAUAGGCGCGGACAAGGCUGGAUGGGCACUUCGUCCGAGCCCUUUACUCAACUUGUCAAACGUACAUGCUCACGCACAUGGCACGGACGAAGUUAUGAUUACACUUAACGAGACUCGUUUGUACCUUCGAAAGGGAGCUGUGCCACUGAGUUAUGUUGAAUGGGACUUUGGCAGCGGUCUUGGUCGCUUGUCGGAGCUGCGACGCUUCGUAAGCGAUGAUGCGAUGCAAAUCCAGGCAACAUGGCCCAACCGGUCAGUCGUCGGUGCCUCGGGGGGGUACUGGCGCACGCUGGGCGACAUUGACUAUCCUGUGUCGUGGGAUUCUCUCCGGGAGGACAUCAAGUGGCGCACAAACGAAGGCAAGCAGGAGCCUGCACGACACACAGGGCUUCUUGUGUUCUCUUCCGUGCUUUUCAUCAUGGCUUGCUUUAUUCUUUUGCCGGUUCUGCUGUGCCUUCAAGCAGCACGGUCGACGCUCGUUCCGCUAUUCUCUCUGCUUUUCCUCGUCGUCUUGACCCUGUCGCUAUUCUUUGGCCGCUUGUACUUUGCGCUCACGCCGGAGCUGUACCCACCCAGUGUAUUGCCCAAUCUCGUUUUGAGCUUUUAUGCCCUUUCGCUCGCGUGCUUCGGGGUCACGGCUGCAAAACUGCUUCUCCUGCUUGUGCCCCUUUUCCGUGGGCGUCUUCGCUCGUGGAAUGAUCUACACCACAUCAUGCGCAUGCUUACACAAGGUCCGUCUCCUGGGCUGCACGAGCGAGACGAGGGUUAUCGGUCCAAUCUGUCCCACUCGACGGCGAGCACAGACGGCACGCUCAUGGAGCAAGUGCCAGACUCGCCAGCUGUUCAUGCGAUGGACCGUGGAGAGUCGUUUGUCAUGUUUGACCAGGAGCGUGAGCCGGACGCGCCUCUGCUCGAUUCACCCGCGUCUGUUGACUCUGGUCUGUACGUGCCGAUGCCGAUGCACCGGCCCUGGGAACGCUUUGUCAUGCGCCACCCUCGUGUGCAUUUUACUCUUCAAGUCGCAUACACCACCUUGUCGCGUGGUCUUGUGCCCCUGGCGUCGACCAUUGUUUAUGUUUCGAUAGCGAUCUACACGGGCUCGUGCCGCCGCGGCUACAAGAAUGUGUGUCUUGCGCACGGCAUCAAGGGUGCAAUAUUCUUCUGGUAUGGAAUACUCACGUUCGCCCGCUAUCUGGGCGCAUUUGGCGACUAUGGAUGGGCAUGGAAUAAGCGGCCUACGCCAGAGAAUUCGAUGCACAGUCGAGCGUCGUUCUGGCGUCGGAACAUGCCAUCAGCUGAGUUUGUCGAGAGUCUUGUGAUUUUCCUUUACGGCAUCUCGAACACAUGGCUUGAGCGACUGGGAGCGCGUCCAGGCGAUCCAUAUACUGUGAAGCAGAUCCAGCACAUCUCAAUUGCCGUCAUGUUCUGGUUCAUUGGUCUGGUCGGCAUGGCGCUCGAGUCCAAGUCGGUCCGGAAUAUGCUGGGCUACGCUGUUGUUCGUCGGCACCCGGCCGCCACACCAGCGCGUGCUAAUGAAGACGAGACCCUUGCGCAGGCACAGCCACCAUCCUACAGCCAGAGCUUCAACCCAUUCCCAUCGCUUGUCAUUGGCGUCACGGGUGUGGCAAUGGCUGCGCAUCAUCAGGACUACCUGUAUGAAGUCCAAGUCCAUAUUUUAUGGGGCCAAAUGCUUGCUGCCUUUGCAGUCUUGCGCUGGCUUACUUACUUUUUCUUGUGGAUUCGUCCACCGACUAGCACGCUACCGAGUCGCCCACCGACAGAGGCGGUAGCCUCCUUCGCACUAUGUUGUGGUGGGCUGUUGUUCAUGCUUUCGAAUGAAGAGGUGUCAUUCGCAGCGAUGCGCUCUGACUAUGCGGAUGCCAUGGCCAUGCUGAACCUUGCCAUUUCUAUUGUAGCCUUAGUCUUUUGCUGGACGUUCUGCGUGAUGAUGAUCAAGGCCUGGGCUUUCCGACGCGACGUACAAGCUUGGGAGCCACUUGCACGACCUGCUGCACAAGCGGCCUCGUCAACUGAGCCGUGGAUAAAAGAACAACCAUUUGCUGCUUCCGACGUUUCUCACAAACCAAGCUAA